GAAAGAGUUGGAUGGGAAAAUGCGAGUCGUAAGCCUUGAGAAACCGCGUUGGGAGACGAAGAACAACAUCAACCGCCAAUAACAGCCUUCUUUCUUUCUGUGAACUUUUGGGAUCUCCAGAGGAGAAUCAAGUCCGUAAAGUCAAAUCUUUUGCGGAUAAGUCUGUUCUUAAUGACCGAGAGGAAAAUUUUAGCUAAUUUCCUGUAAACUGUAUUCUUCUUCUUGCUUGAUUGUUAGAGCUCUUUGUUGUUGAUUGUAUUGCUUAUCAUGGGAGACGUGAAGGACAAGGUCAAGGGAUUCAUGAAAAGGUUUAAUAACACGUUGUCCUCAUCUUCUUCUACGAGUUUCAAGGGACAGGGAAGAGUUUUAGGUUCGUCUUCUUCUGGGUCGACUAGUUCUUUGCCUACCCGCCCAUCGGAGAAUCCCAUUUCAAAGCCGAAGCUUGUUAGUCCACCUUCAAAUUCCUCUGCCAAUUCUAAUCCCCCGGUUGCGAAUUCGAUUGCCACUGGUCAAAACAGGUCGGACCCGUCGAAUAAAUCGAAUCCAGAUCGUAAACGGGCCGAUGGAUUUGACCCAUUUGACUCGUUUAUAACGUCUGGGAAAAGAUCUGGAAAUGGGUAUUCCUUAAACGUGUUUGAAUGUCCGAUUUGUGGCCGGAGUUACAGGUCUGAAGAAGAGGUUUCGGUGCACGUAGAUAGCUGUGUCAACGUUAGUACAGCCAAGGGACCGGAAGAUCCGCCUACGAGUGAUGCAGAAUCUAGGAGUGAAUUGGAGGCUUGUAUUGGUACUUUCUUAGCAGGGAAGCCAUCACAAGGUUCAUUGGAUAUUGUUCUGAAGCUUUUGAGGAACAUAGUUCGGGAACCAGAGAAUUCGAAGUUUAGGAAGAUUCGUCUGAGUAAUCCCAAAAUUAAGGAGGCAAUUGGUGAGGCUGUUGGGGGAGUGGAAUUGUUGGAGUUCGUGGGUUUUAAAUUGCAAGAGGAAGAUGGUGAAAUGUGGGCAACCAUGGAGGUUCCAACGGAGGAACAAAUUCACCUAUUAAAUAAGGUAAUUGAUUCGAUUGACCGGCCAAAGCUUGAAGAACAGCAAGAGAAAGCCAGCACCGCACCUGAGCUGAUUGAACCAAAGAAGGUGGACGGACAGAUUCGGGUAUUCUUUGCUGUCCCUGAAAACAUUGCAGCCAAUAUUGAACUACCAGACUCCUUUUACACACUCUCUGUUGAAGAGGUCAAAAGAGAAGCUAUAAUGAGGAAGAAAAAGAUUGCUGAGUCUCAGCUUUUGGUUCCGAAAUCAUACAAGGAAAAACAAGCAAAAGCUGCUAGGAGGAAGUACACAAGAACGGUUAUCAGAAUUCAAUUUCCGGAUGGCGUGGUUCUUCAAGGUGUUUUUUCUCCUUGGGAACCAACAAGUGCUCUAUAUGAGUUUGUGAGCACAGCACUGAAAGAACCCUGUUUGGAAUUUGAGUUGAUACAUCCUGUCGGUGUUAAAAGACGUACAAUCGCUCAUUUUCCCGCAGAAGAAGAUAAAUCUAAAACACUAGAUGAUGAGGAGUUAGUCCCCUCAGCUCUGGUCAAGUUUAGACCAAUUGAAACAGAUUCAGUUGUCUUCACAGGUUUGCGUAACGAAUUGCUCGAGAUAAUCGAACCACUUGUAAGUGGUUCAGCCGUGGCUCCUCCUACACAAGUUUAAAUAUAUUUGAUACAAUGGGUGAAUGUACAUUUUGAUGUUUUUGCUGUUCUGGGUUGAUGUGAUUGUUUCAGUAAGAAGUCCCCAUUUACACCCUUGUUCAGUUGCCUUCAUUGUAAUCUAUUUUUUCUUAGAGGUGAAAAGCAAUUGCACAAUGAAGAGCUUUAACACUUUUAAUACCGUUUUAUGGGUAGUGGACAAAGCAUUUUUAGUAUUGAA